GAGCAACCACAGUGAUUGGCUAUCUUGUUACCGUAAAGCACGUUAGUGCAGUGACUGUCGUAGAGAGUCGGUAGACAGCAGUAAACAGCAUUUUUUGACAAAAGGACUUUAGUUUGCGGAGAAAUUCAUAGUGAUUUUGAAUUUUCAGUCGAAAUGGCUGAAAAGUUUGAUAAUCUGGAGGAGCAUUUGGAGAAAUUUAUUGAGAAUAUUCGACAGCUGGGAAUCAUCGUCAGCGACUUCCAGCCCAGCAGUCAGGCAGGACUCAACCAGAAACUAAAUUUCAUGAUAUCCGGACUGCAGGACAUCGAGAAGUGCCGUCAGCAGCUUCACGAGAUCAACGUACCGCUCGAGGUCUUUGAAUACAUUGACCAAGGUCGAAACCCUCAGCUGUACACGAAGGAGUGUCUGGAAAGAGCCUUGGAUAGGAAUGAGCAGGUCAAAGGAAAGAUCGACACUAUGACUAAAUUCAAAAGCCUCCUUAUUUCGGAACUCGGCAAAGUCUUUCCAGAGGAGAUGUCCAAGUAUAAGGCUAUCCAUGGAGAAGAUGCCCCCUCCUAGUAGCUGCUGAGCCAUGACCCCUGACCUUUAACUUGUGACCCUUGAGAUUAAAGCCUGAAUGGAGUUUGACAAAUCAGUAGCAUCUACUGUUUUUGCAGAAUAUGAUAACUCCUGAAUAUUCUCAAACUGUCGUGAUCCUGUUUCUGAAGAGUACACUUGGGGAGAAGGCGUUAUUUCUACUUAGCGGCCUGACUCAGCCAAUUCUCCCCUUUCUUGAUAAUUAAACCUCUUUUGAGUAGAGAGGAAGAACUUCAGUUUAAUUUAAUAGGAGACACAUAUGUUUUUAAUGUACCUGCUGAUGCAUAAACAUUGAGUAUGCAGUUGCUACGAUUCUUACAACUCCAAAUUGCACUGCAGAAAAUGUUGAAGAACCACAAGGCACAUCUCAGAUGGUGCACAAAGUAAUUACCUUUAUCAGUUGUACAUACAGUAUAUAUAAACUCAAUACUCUACUUUUGUAAUACUUUUCAAUCAUAGUGCAACAUUCAUUUGUACCACACAUAGUUCCAGGCAUUUUGUAUCAAUCUCAGGUUUCUAAUGGCCAUUCUUUUUAAAUGCAAAUGUUAUUGCUGGUAAUUUUUGUGCCUGAUCGCUUGACCGAAAAUAGCCCUCUCUUUAAUUGUAACUUGUUUGUAUCAUACGUAUUAUUCGUUAUUAAAUUAUCUGUGUUGGACUCUU